AUGUCACAUGGGCGGAUGCGAUGUUCGGUACUUCCUGAUGAAAGUGGAAGUAAAGUUAUGAAUAAAAAAACUCGACAGAAUCGUUUAAUUACACAAGAACAAAUCGUCGGUCGAAAAUUCAUUCGCAAACCUAAAGCAGUAACAGCAAUAAAACCAGCAAAGCUAAACGUUCAAGAAGAAUGGAUGCAAGCAACAAUCCAAUUGGGUAUACGUGGAAUACGGAAGGAAUUUGUGAACAAAAUAAAAAAUUACACUCCUGAAAAUGCUGCAACAGAAGCAUGGCAUUUGGAACAAAACUUCGACAAGAAUAGGUUUUGCAUUUCUUUAAUAAACAGAAACUGA